CACAAUGUGGCUCUACCCUCUGGUCUGGAUUUCUCUUGCUGCUUGCACAGCUUGGGGGCACCCAUCUUCACCACCGGUGGUGAACACUGUUCAUGGCAAAGUCCUGGGGAAGUACGUCACGUUAGCAGGAUUUGCACAGCCUGUGGCUGUCUUCCUGGGAGUUCCAUUUGCCAAGCCUCCUCUUGGAUCCCUGAGGUUUGCUCCUCCACAGCCUCCAGAGCCAUGGAGCUUCGUGAAGAAUGUCACUUCCUACCCUCCUAUGUGCUCCCAAGAUGCAGUUGGAGGACAGGUGCUCUCAGAACUCUUCACCAACAGAAAGGAGAACAUCCCUCUACAGUUUUCUGAAGACUGUCUCUACCUGAAUAUAUACACCCCUGCCGACUUGACAAAGAACAGUCGGCUGCCGGUGAUGGUGUGGAUCCAUGGAGGAGGACUGGUAGUGGGUGGCGCAUCUACCUAUGAUGGACUGGCCCUCUCUGCCCACGAAAAUGUGGUAGUGGUGACCAUUCAGUACCGCCUUGGCAUUUGGGGAUUCUUCAGCACAGGGGAUGAACACAGUCGGGGGAAUUGGGGUCAUUUGGACCAGGUGGCUGCAUUACACUGGGUCCAGGAUAAUAUUGCCAACUUUGGGGGCAACCCAGGCUCCGUGACCAUCUUUGGAGAGUCAGCAGGAGGUUUCAGUGUCUCUGUUCUUGUGUUGUCUCCUCUGGCCAAGAACCUCUUCCACAGGGCCAUUUCUGAGAGUGGUGUGGCCCUCACUUCUGCUCUGUUUACAAAAGACGCCAAGCCCAUUGCUGAGCUGGUUGCUACUCUUUCUGGGUGUAAAACUACCACAUCAGCUGUUAUGGUUCAUUGCUUGCGCCAGAAGACAGAGGAAGAACUCAUGGAGACCUCACAAAAAAUGAAUCUUUUUAAAUUGGACCUACUUGGAAACCCAAAAGAGACCUACCCCUUCCUCCCUACCAUGAUUGAUGGAGUGUUCCUGUCAAAGAGUCCAGAAGAGAUCCUGGCUGAGAAGAGUUUCAACACUGUCCCCUACAUGGUGGGCAUCAACAAGCAAGAGUUUGGCUGGAUCAUUCCAAUGAUUAUGGGCUAUCCACUCUCUGAAGGCAAACUGGACCAGAAGACGGCUAACUCCCUCUUGUGGCAGUCCUACCCAACAGUUAAAAUCCCCAAGAAUCUGAUUCCAAUGGCCACUGAGAAGUAUUUAGGAGGGACGGAUGACCCUGCCAAAAAGAAAGACCUGCUCCUGGACUUGAUUGCAGAUGUGAUAUUUGGUGUCCCAUCAGUAAUGGUGUCUCGUGGCCACAGAGAUGCCGGGGCUCCCACCUACAUGUAUGAGUUUGAGUAUCGUCCAAGCUUUGUAUCGAACAUGAGACCCAAGGAAGUCACAGGAGACCAUGGCGAUGAAAUCUUCUCAGUAUUUGGAUCUCCCUUUUUAAAAGAUGGUGCCUCAGAAGAGGAGAUCAACCUCAGCAAGACGGUGAUGAAAUUCUGGGCCAACUUUGCUCGCAAUGGGAACCCUAAUGGGGGAGGGCUACCACAUUGGCCAGAGUAUGACCAGAAGGAAGGGUACAUGAAGAUUGGUGCCUCAGUGCAGGCAGCCCACAGACUGAAAGACAAAGAAGUGAUUUUUUGGACUGAACUCAGGGCCAAGGAGGCAGCAGAGAGGACAACACACAGAGAACAUGCUGAGCUCUGAUCCCAAGUUCCAGCUAUGUUUGAGAGCCUGGAGCCAAGUAAGAGGUAUGCCACAGAUGGUCCUGCAGAGACAUAAGGCUUAUUAUCUUUAGGGCCACACAAUUGUUUGGUGUUUUGUACAAAUGCAUUAAAGAGGAUCCUUGUUGCUUCAACUUGUAAAAAUAAAA